UUCAUGUUUUGUUUUCCUUGGGGAUAUAGAACCUAGGUGAUGUUUCUAACCUCAAAACACGUGUCAAGGUUUAAUGCUUCAGAAGAGUAAGUCUAGUCUGUGAUGGGAUUAAUUUAUCAAACGACGUUAAGCUGGUAUCUGGUGUUCACCUUAAUACACUAGAACUUGUCGUAUUAUUGGCGAACAUGUCAUCUUUUAACCACUUGAGUCGGCCGUUUUAAAGCCUGAGUCAACAGGGGUCAGUAUGGUAAAUUUGCACACUGAGGGAAUUGGGUCUGGAGAAAUAAGAAAUUACAGCCAUACAGUAUCCUAUCAUUUUAAAGAGAACGCUAAAAAAGUUAUAAUGAUUAGGAGUUGCCCCAAGUAAAUUUAUUAAAAAGAGGACAAAAUAAGGACUCAAAGGCGGUUUAAAAAACAAACAAGGAAGCAAUCGUUCGAUUAACUACUCAUAACAAUUUUCAAGUCGAAAUUAAUUUCCGUUAGAAAAAAGCGUUUUCCUUUUAAACAAAGAAGAGAAAACAAUUGUCAUCAAGCUAUGUGUGAAAUUCGAGCGAAAACCGUUAUCCAGUUAUCACUUUGACAUAAAUCAUACAUCAUUUCACGAAUAUGGCAUUGUUUUUUUUUUUAUUUUUUCAGCGUUCACCUGACACGUUGACACACGCAUGAGACACACUGUAAUCGCCGCUACCAUCAAAACAAAAAACGACGGAAGGAAAUUGUAAAUAUUGCUCGUAAGAAGCCUAUUUAAUUUUGCGCCCGAUUGUAAAUAUCUCAGCUGCCGCUAUCUAAUCGAAUUCAUACAGGAUAACGGAUGGGAAAGAGCUUACAUACAGUAGUGCAAUCGAUUUAAGCACUUGUGGCACAAGCUUUACUGGCGAUUCAACCAGAUUAUCCAUCCUGCAGGGUUGGGAAGUCUCCAGUCCUAAUGAUAAGACUGGUGGUCACUCGAAGAUGUAUAGGAGGCUUAGGAUGUAGAAGGGUUUUAAGAAGGAAGAGCUGCUUCCAGUGAAUAUUAUUUCCAUCGCUUCGUCGUGUCUCCAACAAUGACCGGUGUUAUGGUGGAGUCUGUGGCGAACUCUACCCUUCGCGUGUAUUAUUCCAAGGAAGCCUCCAUCGUCCAAGCAACAUCUCUAGCAGUGAUAAUGAUGGUAGCAGUGAUCGGCAAUACUCUCAAUAUCAUUAUUGUCUACAGGAACUAUUCUAUGCAAACGCCGCGAUAUCUCUUUAUUAUAAACAUGGCGUGCGGCGACCUCGGUGUGGCACUUCUCUCGAUGCCAUUUUCACUCAUCGCCAGUAUUUCACGGGACUGGGUUCUUGGUUCGUCGUUUUGUCAACUACACGGCUUUCUAGGCUCGUUCUUUUUCUGCGUGUCAAUAUUCACGCUAACGAUUAUGAGUAUUGAGCAGUAUUACGCACUGGUGCGACCGUUAUCUCGGGCAAUCACUAUCCGUCGCGCCUGGGGAAUGAUGUUUGCCGUUUGGGCGCUCAGCGCGGUUAUCUCCAUUGAGCCUAUUUUCGGAUGGGGACACUUUGACUAUAAUUCCAGCACGCUUUCAUGCGGUGUGGCCUUUCCCCGUCGGUUAUCUGAACGCUUAUAUCUUUUUCUUCUGGUAAUGAUAGCCUUCGUUACGCCAUUAUUUAUCAUGGGUUAUGCUUAUAUAAGGAUUUUCGUGGCAGUGCAAAAACACACAACUCGAAUCGCAAAAUACACAAGUGGCGGACUUGAAGUGAUCAGGCUUCAGCGGCGUAUUACGUUUACUCUACUCCUUGUUCUCUUUGUAUUUCUAUUCUGCUGGUCACCAUUUGUGACACUGAUAGCGCUAGCGAAUCAAACAUCGAACGUGUCGCAUCUGCCAUAUGGACUAGGGGUAGCCGCCUAUUGGUGUGGCUUCUUCAACUCGUCCAUCAACCCUAUCAUUUUUGUAAUUCGCAAUGAAAGAUUUCGGGAGGGUUAUGUGGAGAUGUUAGGGGCUGUAUGGGAAUCGUUAAGGUGUUGUCUGUGUAAAGCACCCGUUUGGUUAAAACCUAAGCGAUUUCGGCGGACGUGGUAUCUUCGGCAGUCCAUCAGACAUAGCGGACCACCAGUUGCUUUGGGUUCCGUGAACGAGCCACAUGAACUAAUCAACGAAGAACCGUGAACUUUGGUUAAAUCGAAGACAACAAUACACUCGAGAACAGAUUACACCAAUAUUUUCCCUUGAUACUGCAGGAAUUACGAUAGUCUUUAACUUGUAAUUAAAGCAGAAAAUAAAUUAAAAGUAAAGGCAUCGUGUAAAAAUACCAAGCCAACUUCCUCCUUUAACUCAUGUGGGUGGCAUUGCAAAUCAAUAAUAGAUGGGUAACUAAUUUAUACAAGGAACAAAACCAGACAAGUGCAUAAACUUAUGUCCUGAUAGCCAAGGCGCCACAAUAGUAUGCAAUAUUUUAUCAUUCUCAGCAUUUCCGAAAGAAACUUGUGAAAACAUCUUUUUAAGUAAUGCUCCGUGUAACAACUACGGUGAAUCGAUAGGUCCUGCGGCAAUAGGGGUUCGUUAUCUUUUUAACUAAUCUAAUUAAUAUUGCUAUGCUUAUUGGUUCAAGACGCUCUGCCCGCCAAAUUUGAACUUUGGAGUCACAUUUCUCUGAAAUAAGUGCUCUUGCACUCAUAUUUAUUAGGGGGCUUAGGUUCGAAGUAAGAAAGCUUUCAACCUUUGCAUUUUUGCUAAAAUCGUAUGUUCGGAGCAUGGAGAAAUCCCUUUCGGAUAUCUGCUAAUAGCUUUUUAUACUUCACUUAUUACAAUUUUGCGCUUUGUCUCUUGCCAAAGCAAACAUUCCGCUGGCUCUACGUGUGAAAAUACGGUCUCACAUUUCCAAAAGCCUGUUAGUGCGGUAGAAUUUAGCUUUCCAAAGAAAGUCACUUUUUCUUUCAAAGAUUUUUGACAACGAUUUUCAUGUUAAGAUUGACAACUAAAAUGAUUCACGCCUUUAAAUAAAGUUACCAAUUUUGCUUUAUUCGAUCCUCAAUACAACUAUUAUCGCAUACAAGCCACAGCAAUAAAGUUAACUGGAAUUCACAGUAGUAGCAGUCCUCUAAUUGUUAUUUCAUCGACUCAGACAGAACGCACAAUAUUUUCUUAAAACAAGCCGCAAGCAAGGUUUAUUCCAUAAGCUCAUUGAUGAAGUCGAGAGUGUCCAGCUUAUAAUCGGGGUCUCCGUCUUCGAUACAUAGUAGGCCAUGAAACUCACGGAAAAUUUCUGCGAAGAAAUUGUAAUUCUUCUGGCUCCAGACGGGCUGCAUUUAUAUUCACUAUUUCUUUCAGCUUUUUGCAUCCGCAUAAGCAUUCCACUGCUCUUACUGACAAUUGCGGGUUAUUGCUGAUAUUUAUAUUUUACAAUUUUCUAAAAAAAAUAUCUUCGCUUCACCAAACGCCGUAUCUUCUACUUCAAUGCAUCGUUCUAUGUCCUUUAGUUCUAUGUCUCUUAGUUUAGUUGAUGCUUUCAUGAGUCGUACAGCAUCAACUGAUGACGGCAAAAUUUGCCCUAGUGCAGAGGUUUCCUCAAUGUCCUGUAAAAAAAGUACACACAAACUUAAGAUUCCUUCUCAACUUCAUUUCUUGAAUAUCA